AUGCUUCCCCAUCACUUAACGCCUUCCCCCACCCCUCCAAUUUGCGCUCUCUUCUCUCCCCAUCUCCCCCCUCCCCCCAUCAUUCCAGCGGUCGAGGGUUAUCUGGAGCAGGCGUUACUGGCGGCGGGCAUGAUGCUUCCUAGCAACUUCGGGGAUCUGUUCAAGAUUGGGUGGAGCAGGAGCAGCAGAACGGACAAGGGGGUGCAUUCAGUGGCAACGGUGGUGUCUGUGAAGCUCGAGCUGCCAGAGAGUCUCUUUCAAAAAGGGCAAGACCCGCAGGAGGAGGAGCGAGCUGGCUUGGCAGCAGCGGAUGCCAUCAAUGCCCAUCUGCCGCCCUCCAUCCGUGUGUUUGGCGCCGUGCCAGUCACCAAGAGCUUCUCGGCCAGAAGGGCGUGUGUGAGUCGCACCUACCACUACCUGCUCCCUUCUGAUUUGCCGCUGCCUUUCUCACCUGCCGCUGUCUCCCCUCCCCUGACAGGAGCUUCUCGGCCAGAAGGGCAUGGGAGGGGACACACGCCUUUCGCAUCAGGGGAGGAAAAGCGUGCUGUGCAGAGCGAAGGGGAACGCACAGCACUGGCAAGCCCGCAUUUCACAACUACAGGCAAGCAUGCCUUUCACAACUACACUGUGAGGAGGCUGUAUCGCGAGAAGAAGAAAAAGGAAGGGGGAGAAGAAGAGGAGGGAGGCAAGGGGGAGGGUGGUGGAGAGAGGGGGAAUGCUGCUGGCGACAGAAGGCUGAGGAGUGGGGGUGCAUGGGGGAGAGGCAGAGAGGAGGGGAAGGGGGAAGGAUGGGGAAAAGGGAGAGAGGAAAGUGCCGGGGCUGUUACGACAGGUCGAGAGAUAGUGGAGGGGGGAGGAACUGUGGCUUCUGUGGCCCUUCCGAGGGAGGCAGAGAGGAGAGUUGAGACGACUGAGAGGGUUCAAAUUCAAAUGGGCAGUGGGAUGGGAGGAGAACAAGAGAGGGUAGGGGAGAAAGAGGGCGAGGGGGAGGAUAGAGCUGGGGGGUUUGGGGUGCAAGAGGGGGAGGAAGCGGCGGGGGCAGGGGGGUUGGAUAGGGCGGGGAGGAAGGCGGUGUGGCUGCAUGAGACGGAUAAGAGCGACAGGAUCAGUGAGAGGGAGGGAGGCGGUGUGUCUGAGGAUAGGGCACAGGAGCGAAAGGGGGCGGAGAGGGCGGGGAGGAAGGUGGUGUGGCUGCAUGAGACGGAUAAGAGCGACAAAAUCAGCACAGCGCACUUCAGAACCAUUGACACUUGCACGGUGCUGCCUUGGAUUGAAGAGGGCGUGUAUGAAGACGACAGAUUGGAAGAGGGCACCUUGGAGGGAGGCGAGGCGGAAGGAGGGAGGGGCGUGGAACGACAGGAGCGGCGCAGAUUCGUCCGCGUUGUGAUCCGGGGAGAAUCGUUUAUGCUGCACCAGAAGCGCGACAAAAUCAGCACGGCACACUUCAGAACGAUUGACACUUGCACGGUUCUGCCGUGGAUUGAAGAGGGCGUGAUUGAAGAGGGCGUGAUUGAAGAGGGUGUGAUUGAAGAGGGCGUGAUUGAAGAGGGCGUGAUUGAAGAGGGCGUGAUUGAAGAGGGCGUGAUUGAAGAGGGCGUGAUUGAAGAGGGCGUUUUUUAUGCAAACAGUGUGGAGGGGAGCAGACUUGAGGACGGGAGCAGAUUGGAGGGAGAAGAGGUGGAAGGAGGGAGGGAUUCGCAAGAUGGUGGGCACGGCUCUAGCAAUUCGCGAGAUGGUGGGAUGGGCACGGCUCUAGCAGUCCUGCACGAGGUCAUCCCCCCAUUCAUGCUGCUGCCGUCCCUCGCCACCUUUACUCACCACUCCUUCCUCCCAACAACCCGCAUCGUUCUGCCCCCCUCUCUCUCCGUGGCCCUUUUAAAGCCCAUUCGCAAGAUGGUGGGGACGGCAUUGGCAGUGCUGCACGGAGCCAUCCCCCCCUCCAUGCUGCUACCCUCCCUCGCCCGCCACUCCCGCAUCGUUCUGCCCCUCGCUCCCCCCCAAGGCCUCCUAUUGGCCGACUGCUCGUUCAUGCCGUUCCGGGCACCAAAGCUGCCCGGAAACAAUUCCUCCUCCUCUGCUGCUGAACUUGAGGUUCCUCAGUCCAGCGCUCCUCUAGAAGCUGAAUCAACAAACCGUUUCAAGCAGCAGCAGCAGCAGCAGCAGCAGCAACAGCAGCAGCAGCAGGAAGCACUAAGGCUAUACACGCAGUGGCACUCUGCCUUAUCGCCACUUCACACAUCUCAACCAGCCCUCAGCGUUUCCCCUCUCUCCUCCACACCUUCCUCCUCUCCCUCCUCGCAAUCCUCCUCCCCAUCCUCCCCCCCAUCACUCCACAUGUCACCUGCUGUGUGCGAGAGAGUAGAGGUAUUCUCUCAACACCACGUGCUGCCAGCCAUGCUGCAGUGGCUGGACGCGGGAGGGGAGCCCUGGAGUGGGUGGGAGGAGAACCUCCUCGCAUACCAGUGGGUAUGUGAGGAGGAGGAGAGGGAAGUGGUAGAGGGGUAUGCAAAGUGGAUGCAGGGCAGGGCUAAAAGAGGGUACUGA